AUGCCCCAAUUGUCUCGUUUUCGCGACCUUGUCCAGCGAAUAUCAGCCAGAGUGACGCGUCCUCAGUGCGGCUCCCACCCCGGGCCGAGAGACGAUGCGAGACUAUUCUCCUCAUCAGGCCAAAAUGGGUCAAUCAGCUGGACCAAUCGGGUAUCGCGUAGGACGACACCAAUAUCUCCUGCGCUGUUAACUGCGUGGACCGCUGUUGGCUGUACCAUCUUCGCAGCUUCAGUCGUAACUUGGUCACCAGUAGUAUACGCUGAGGCGCCCCCUGCACAGCCCAAGAGGUAUAUUCGCCUGGACGAGGUGAAACAACAUGGCAGAAACUCGGAGCGGAAGUGGGUCAUGAAGGGCACUCGCGUCUUUGACAUUACGGAUUGGAUAGCAGCUCAUCCUGGUGGUCCCGUCAUUCUGCAUGCCGUGGGCUCCUCAAUCGAUCCAUAUUGGAACAUUUUCACCAUCCAUCAAAAGCAAGACGUGUAUGAUGUGCUCGAAGAAUACUUCAUUGGCGACAUCGAUCCGCGAGACCUUGUCGAUGGUAAAGUCGCUGAGCUUGACGUCGAAGAUCCCUUUGUGAAUGAUCCCACCCGAAACCCCCGGCUGCUGCAGCAUACUCAAAAGCCUUGCAACGCCGAGGCACCAACCGACUCUCUCGAAUCUUACAUCACCCCGAAUGACACCUUCUACGUGCGCAAUCAUUUGUGGGUUCCGGAAUUGGACGAAAGGACCCACACCUUAACUGUUGAGCUCCUCGAUGGUACCGAAAAGGAAUACACCCUUGGCGACCUCAAAAGCAAGUUUGUACCUUUCACCAUAACCGCGACCUUGCAAUGUUCGGGAAACCGUCGGAAGCACAUGACUGCUGGAGCAAGACCUGCCCUCGGCCUUCAGUGGGACGUAGGCGCCAUCUCCAACGCACAAUGGACCGGUGUUCGUUUGAGAGACAUUCUCCGUGACGUAGGAUUUCCUGUCGAUGACUGCGAGUCGGAGGAGGCUAAGCACGUCCAAUUUGUCGCCGCUGAAGCAUACGGCGCUUCAAUCCCCAUUGAAAAGGCUCUCGAUCCCAGAGGGGAUGUCAUGCUCGCAUAUGAAAUGAAUGGCAAGCCCCUGCCGCCUGACCACGGCUACCCACUGCGAGUGCUAGUGCCAGGUAACACCGCUGCGAGAAGUGUCAAAUGGAUCGAGAAGAUCGUCCUUGCAGAAGAAGAGAGUCACUCGCAGUGGCAACGGCGAGACUACAAGUGUUUUGGUCCCAAUCAGACCGCCAAGGAUGUGGACUGGUCGUCUGCGCCCGCUAUCCAGGAAACGCCUGUGCAAAGCGCCAUCACUUCGAUAACGGACGUAUCCGGAAGCUCUCCUCAUGGUCGAAAGUCAUUGCAGAGAUACGGCUUGGAUGAAGAUGCCGUUCAGGUCAAGGGAUACGCAUUCAGUGGUGGAGGGAGAGAGAUUGUUCGAGUUGACAUCAGCGCGGAUGGCGGGAAAACCUGGCAACAGGCGCUUCUCCUCCCGGAUGAAUCCAAAGGCCACAAAUCAUGGUCAUGGAAGCAGUGGGAGUUUGUGGUGCCCAAACGCCUCGCUGGAAAGCAAUUCGCUGUCAAAGCCGUCGACGAGACCUAUAAUUCUCAACCAGAAUCAUACGAGGCUCAGUUCAACUUUCGCGGUAAUCUCACUACCGCAUGGCACAAGGUUGAAUACCCCCGUAACAGCGAUGGGCCCUCGAGAUAA